CUGUUGAUCAAGAUGGCAAUGAUGAAUGGAAUGAUGGUGAGUUUCAUGCCAGAAAUGGAACAAAUCAUCAGCCAGCUAGAGAGAGGAACAAUAGUGACAAGGUUUUAUCCGAGAAAAAGACCCGAGAAGAAGACAUUGAUGAUUAGAAGAGAAACUAGACAAAUUGUAUGGGCAAGGACUGCAGCCACUAGAACUAUAGAAGGAGCAGUUGAAAUGAGGGAGGUGCACGAGAUCCGGGCUGGUAAGAUCUACAAAGACUUUGAAAGAUGGCCGGAGGAGGCUAAGCGUAUUGAGAGUCUUCGCUGUUUCAUUGUCUUCUAUGGGUCGGAAUUCAAGCUUAAGUCUUUGUCCAUAGCUGCAUUGUCAGAGAAGGAGUGCGGUUUGUGGUUGCGUGGACUACGUCACCUAGUGCAGGACACCAUGAAUGCACCGUACCCACUGCAAGUCGAGCGGUGGCUACGCAAGGAGUUUUACACAAUGGAAAACAACCGAGAAAUAGUUACCCUUAAGGACCUCAAAGGUUUCCUGCCUCGAGUCAAUUGUAAAAUAUCAACAAAUAGAUUAAGAGAACUGUUUCAAGAAGUAGAUGUUCGGAAAAGGAACGAAAUAGGAUUUGAUGAUUUCGCCGAGCUUUACCACAAGCUUAUGUUUGAUGAAAGUAUAUUCGGAGAGUCGCUGUCGAGGUACAGCAGCAGUGGGGACGGAAUGGUCAGUGUGCAGAUGUUGACCAGGUUCUUGUCUCAAGAGCAAGGGGACAAUGUGGAUGAAGUGAAGGUGUCUCGCCACAUGAGAGAAUAUCUGCAAGACGCCCAGAGAGAUGUGCAGGAGCCUUACUUCACUACUAGAGAGUUUAUGGACUUCUUAUUUUCCAAGCAAAAUGAAAUGUGGGACAACAAGUAUGGCGAGGUUCAUCAGGAUAUGACUCGGCCAUUGGCUCACUAUUGGAUCUCUUCCUCCCACAACACUUACCUGACGGGAGACCAGUUCUCCAGUGAGUCGAGUGUGGAAGCUUACGCAAGGUGUCUGAGGAUGGGCUGUCGUUGUAUAGAACUGGACUGUUGGGAUGGGCCUGACGGAAUGCCUAUUGUCUACCACGGACACACGCUGACUAGUCGGAUCAAGUUCCUGGAUGUUGUUCGGACGAUUCGAGAACAUGCCUUCGUCACGUCUGAAUAUCCUGUAAUCCUGUCAAUCGAGGACAACUGCUCGCUGCUGCAGCAACGCAACAUGGCCGCCACCAUGGUGGAGGUGUUUGGAGAGCUGUUGUUGGUACAUCCGGUGGAAAAAAACGAGACUAAGCUGCCGUCGCCGGAACAAUUAAGGCACAAGAUCUUGCUGAAACAUAAGAAACUGCCUGAUGGUGUUGACGAGGCCGCUUUGCUCAUGAGAUCUGAUGAAGGUCGUGGAGAGAUGGACUUGAGAACAACAGUGAAGAACGGAGUUUUGUACCUCGAAGAUCCUGUAGACAAGGAGUGGAAUCCUCACUUCUUCGUUCUAACUCAGAACAAACUCUUCUACACAGACAGCUUCCACGGGAACGAAGAGAACGAUGACGACACCGAGAAUGAGGAUGAAGAAAACCACACAAGCUUUCAAAGACCUAAAGAGGGAGUGCCCAAUGACGAGUUGCAUUUUGGUGAGAAGUGGUUUCACGGAAAGUUGGCCGGAGGACGCAGCGAGGCAGAGGAUCUCUUGCGCAAGUUUUCACGCCUAGGAGAUGGAACAUUCCUGGUGCGAGAGAGUGAAACAUUCGUCGGAGAUUACUCUCUCUCAUUCUGGAGACAAGGCAAGGUGAACCACUGUCGUAUCCGCUCCAAACAGGACCGAGGUCAGACUAAAUACUUCCUCAUUGACAGCAACUGCUUCGACUCGUUGUACAGUCUCAUCACACACUACCGCACCCAUCCACUAAGAUCUCAGGAGUUCCUGAUCACGUUGAAGGAGCCAGUUCCCCAGCCCAACAAACACGAGGGGAAGGAAUGGUACCACCCUCUCGCUACUCGCAGUUCUGCCGAGGAUCUCCUCAAGAGGGUGCCUCAUGACGGAGCCUUCUUGGUCAGACCUAGCGACAAGGAUCACAAUGCGUACACCAUCUCAUUCCGGGCGGAGAAGAAAAUCAAACACUGCCGGAUCAAGGUGGAAGGGCGGCUUUACACCAUCGGCACCGUUCAGUUUGAGAGUCUGGUGGAGCUGGUCAGUUACUAUGAGAGACAUCCGUUGUACCACAAAGUGCGACUGUGGUACGCGGUCAGUGAAGAUCACGUGCAUCGGCUGGCUUUGGAAGCUGAUGAUGGUUCAGUGUCGGGAACUCCUGGAUACAUUGAUCCGAGCAGCUUCACAUCCAAGGUUACCGUCAAGGCAAUAUACGACUACCAGGCUCGUCACGAUGAUGAACUAUCAUUCUGCAAGCACGCCAUCAUCACCAACGUCAACAAGCAGGACGGGGGGUGGUGGAGGGGAGACUACGGAGGCAAGCGGCAACAGUGGUUUCCCUCCAACUAUGUGGAGGAGAUUGAACCUCAGAGAGACGAGCCUAGAGAUGAUACGUCGACAGACUCAAUGUUCCUGGGCAGUUUACAGAAGGGCAGCUUGGAUGUGAUGGGAGCCGUGGUAGAAUUGGCGACUACCGGACGACCUGGGCUGGAAUGGGUGCUGAGGAUACAAGUUCCCAACAUGUGCAGUGUGUUUGAGGUGGCUGUUCCCUCAGAAGACCAAGCCAUUGAGUGGAUGACGGCAAUCAAGAAGACGGCUCAAACCGCCAGUGACCGGGAGAUUCAAAACAAAGAGAUGGAACGGACGUGGAGGAUUGCGAAGGAGAUGUCAAACCUGAUAAUUUACUGCAGAUCUGUAGCUUUCAACAUGGACAGGAUACGAGUGAAGGGGUUCAUAUACAAUGAGAUGAGUUCCUUCCCAGAGACUAAGGCUGAGAAAACCAUAUGUCAGCAAGAGAGCAGAUUCUUCCUCAAAUACCACCAGUUCCAGUUUAGCAGAGUCUACCCCAAGGGUCAGAGGAUAGACUCUUCCAACUACAACCCCAUACCCUGCUGGAACAGUGGGUGUCAAAUGGUCGCUCUCAACUACCAAACCCCAGACAAACCUAUGCAGCUGAACCAAGCCAGGUUCAGGCUCAACGGAGGCUGUGGAUUUGUACUGAGACCAGAGGUCAUGUUUCGUCCGGACUAUGAUCCCCUCGUCCCCCCUCCUCCCUUUGUGGCGAACUCUAUCUCUGUUUCUCUGAAGGUGAUAGCGGCGAGACAUCUGAUAAGGUCAGGUAGAGGAACCACCAGCCCCUUUGUAGAGGUAGAGGUGCUCGGAGCGGACUACGAUUCUGGCACCAAGCUGACUACCAAAACUGUCGCUGACAACGGUUUGAAUCCGGUGUGGAAUGACUCGGUCAGUUUUGAGGUCAUGAAUCCAUCCCUAGCUCUGCUGAGGUUCCAGGUACAGGACGAAGACAUGUUUGGGGAUUCAAACUUCAUCGGACAAGCGACGUACCCUAUGGUUGCGUUGAGGACGGGCUACAGAAGUGUGCCACUGAGAAAUGGUUUCUCUGAAGAGAUGGAACUUUCUACCCUCCUUGUCCACAUCUCUAUAAAGAAUGUCAAGGAGGGAGGAAGUGAGUUUGACACCCCAGUGACUGACUGCUGAUCCAAGACUGACUGGCUCCAAGAUGGGCAAACUUUACCUCAGGUUAUGUUUCCUGUAUGGUUGCUAUUUAAACAUUUAUUUAUCGUAUUUUACAAUUUUUAAAGUAUUCUCAUUGGAGUUAAACUUUGACGGUUGUGCUUUCAGGUCUUGAUGUUUAUUGUCUCAGAUGUUGAACUUUACAAUAUUUUAUGGAGGGAUCUACUAUUUCUCUAUCUCUCUUCCCAUAUCAGUAUAGACUUCAAGAAUUUUUUAUCGUAAAAGAGUAAGAAACAAAAUCAAUCAAUACAACCUUUGACUAUUAAUACAACUAGACAUUUCAUCUCAUGUUAAAGUUGUCGCCAGUUUUGUAAUGAGAAUUGUCGUAAUUGAUGUGAGCAACCAUAAGAUGAUUUGAUUUGAUGCUAUUGUAAAUUACUAAUUUCUGUAGAAUAGGCAAACUUGUUUACCAAGUCAAUUUGAAGGAACGACUUAUUGUGAGCUAUAGCAGUAAUAUGCCACAAUCUACAAAUAUAUUAGAAAAUAGAAUUCAAUAGCGCAUUCUGUGACUGGUCUCACACAAAAUAUACUUAAAAAUUUGGCAGAGGGGGUGUCUAAUUCAGUAUCCAAUAGUCAACGGUACAACCAAACCAAGCAAUCAAAUAACAAGACAAAAGGUACAAGUUCUUUUAAAGUAAAAUGAAACUAAAUGAAUCAAACUUUUUUUAUUGGAAUUAUAACUUUCAGUAGAAUCACUAAAUUGCAAACAAAAUCAAAUAAAAACUCAGAUAAAUACCCUACCUAAUGUAGUGUGAAUCCUAAUCAUAUAUAGUGCAGAUUUAAAAUGUUUAUACCAAAUGAAUUAUGUGUUUGUCUCUAAUAGGGUAAAUUGCAAUUUUAGAAUUAUUUAUGUUUAUGUAUAUUUGUGUUAGUUAAUUAAAUGUAUGUGUAAGUUUGGAUGUAAUUUCCACGCUCUCUUUAUAUAGUCAUUGUUAUGAUCAACUUGUUAGCUCUUUAAGAAAAUAUUUGACUAGGAAAAAGAAACCUUGAUGUUAAGGCAAAUAAAUGUAACA